CAUGGCUGCUGGGGACCUGGCCGGGAGCUUCCAGGAUGAAGUGACUUGCUCCAUCUGCCUGGAGUAUUUCACAGACCCGGUGUCUAUUGAGUGUGGGCACAACUUCUGCCAGACCUGCAUCAGCCAGUGCUGUGGGGAGCCGGAGCCAAACUUCUCCUGCCCCCAGUGCAGAGAAACCUCCCAGCAGAGAAACCUGUGGCCCAACAAGCAGCUGGGGAACUUGGUGGAGUUAGUGAAAUGCCUGAGGCUCCAGUCGGUGACAGAGCCCGAGGGAGAGAGAGUGUGUGAGAGGCACCAGGAGGCCCUGAAACUGUUCUGUGAGGAGGAUCAAACCCCCAUCUGUGUGGUGUGUGAUAAAUCGAAGGCUCACCACGCUCACACGGUGGUUCCCAUCGAGGAGGCUGCCCAGGAGUACAGGGAGCAAAUCCUGAGCCGCCUGCAGUGUCUGCGGGAAGAGAGAGAAGAGCUCUUGGGACUGAAAUCCUACUGGGACAGGGAGAGUGAGAGGCUCCAGAGGCAGACGGAAGUGGAGAGGCAGCUGGUGGUGUUUGAAUGUGAGCAGCUGCGCCAGUUCCUGGCACAACAAGAGCACCUCCUGCUGGCCCGGCUGGGAGAGCUGGAUAAGGAGAUUGGGAGGAGGAGGGAGGAAAACGUCACCCGCCUGUGUAAGGAGAUUUCCCAGCUCAGUGUCCUGAUCAUGGAGUUGGAGGGGAAGUGUCAGCAGCCGGCACCAGAACUGCUGCAGGACAUCAAAGGCACCAUGAGCAGGGCAGAACAAGAAAAGUUUCAGAACCCAGCAGCCUUUUCUUCUGAACUGAACUGGAGAAUUGGGGAAUCUUCUCAAAGAAAUGCAUCUCUGGAGACCAUAAUGAGGAAAUUCAAAGACUUACUGUCGUCUAGACUGCGGUUGGACAAAGCAAACCUGACUCUGGAUCCAGACACGGUCCAUCCCCAACUCAUCGUAUCUGUGGAUCGAAAAAGUGUAAGAAGGGGCACACAGCAGGCUCUGCCCAACAAACCUCAGAGAUUUGACACAGAGCCCUCUGUGCUGGGCUGUGAGGGAUUCACCUCGGGCCGACAUUACUGGGAGGUGGAGGUGGGGAGGGGAGUCUGUGAUGUGGGGGUGGCCAGAGAGUCUGUGAGGAGGAAGGGACGGAUCAGCCUUUACUCUGAGCAGGGGAUCUGGGCUGUGGAGUGCUGGGAGGGUCAGUAUCAGGCUCACACGUCCCCUGCACAGAGCAUCCCCUUGUCCCCGAGCUGGGGACGCUGCAGGAUCUGGGUUUAUCUGGACUAUGAACGGGGACAGGUGGCGUUUUUCAAUGCUGGUACUGGGGACCCGAUAUUCACGUUCCCAUCGGCCUCUUUCGCUGGGGAGAGAAUCCGCCCGUUCUUCUGGGUUGUUGGUAGUGCGCUGCUCACCCUGUGUCCCUUAGGUGCCCUGUCUGUCCCCAUGAAACAGUCCCCUCUAGCCCCCACCCCCUGA